CACACCAGAGUAGAACACUGUGGGACAGCUAUUACCUCGUCAACAUAGAGAAACUCACUGCUGUUGAGUUCUGCCCUGGACUGGACUCAUUCUCUCUCUCUCUCUCUCUCUCUCUCUCUCUCUCUCUCUCUCUCUCUCUCUCUCUCUCUCUCUCUCUCUCUCUCUCUGUCUCUCUCUGUCUCUGUCUCUGUCUCUGUCUCUGUCUCUCUCUCUCUGUCUCUCUGGAUACCCUUACUCUUCACAGCAAAAGGAGAUUUGUGUCAAAGAUAUGAAGAAACCAACAUCUGUGUUUAGCAAUAUAAAGCUGUUUGUGCUGUGUCAUGGCCUGCUGCAGCUCACCCAGCUGCUCUACAGUUCCUACUUUAAGAGCACCAUCACCACCAUCGAGAGACGCUUUGGCCUCAGCAGUUUCUCCUCUGGCACCAUCUCCUCUCUGCACGAGGUGGGGAACACAAUUCUGAUAGUGUUUGUGAGUUACCUGGGCAGCAGGGUCCAUCGGCCUCGUCUCAUCGGACUGGGUGGUCUGCUGAUGUCCAUCAGCGCUCUCAUCCUGGCCCUACCUCACUUCCUGUCCCAGCCUUAUAACUAUGACUCUGUCAUACAUGAUCGCCAAGACCUGUGUUCCCUCCCAGGUCCCUCCAACAUGACAGAGGCCUGUGGAAAGACAGAGAUCAAGCGUAUAGCAGACACCAACAACUUGUGGCUGCUCAUGGCUAUAGCUCAGCUGCUGUUCGGAGUGGGGUCUGUUCCCAUACAACCCUUUGGUAUCUCUUAUGUGGAUGACUUCGCCGGACGAGGCAACUCCCCCCUCUACAUAGCCAUCCUGUUUGCUGUGUCUGUGUUUGGACCUGCCUUCGGUUUCCUUCUGGGCUCCGUCAUGCUGAGGAUCUACGUGGACGUGGACAGAACCGGCUCAGUCUCCAACGCUGAGCUGGCCCCUACAGACCCUCGCUGGGUGGGUGCGUGGUGGAUGGGCCUCCUCAUCUCCUCUGCCAGCCUAGCUCUGACCUCCAUCCCAUACUUCUUCUUUCCUCGCAGCAUGUUGCUGGAAGGCAAUAGUGGAACUGAAGCUGCCAUUCAGAAUGAAGACUCCAAAAAGCCAGACUUCUCAAUGCUUGAUUUCCUGAAGAUGUUCCCCAGGCUGUUUGUCCGUCUGCUCCUCAGUCCUCUGUUCCUGCUGUUGGUUCUGUCUCAGUGCUGUUUCUCUUCAGUCAUCGCUGGCCUCGCCACCUUCCUCACCAAGUUCCUGGAGAGACAGUACAGUACCACCACCGCUUACAGCAACCUGCUCAUAGGUGCGGUGAACCUUCCGUCCGUUGCCGUGGGGAUGCUGGUGGGCGGAGUCAUCAUGAAGAGGACCGGUCUCUCUCUGAAGACCAUCCCUCGUUUUUCUGUCGCCAUGCUCACCAUCUCUGUCCUCCUCAUCAUCCCUCUCUUCUUCAUGGGCUGCCCCACACAGAGGGUGGCGGAGGUCAACUACACACCCCAUGGGUUUCUGGCCACCUGUUAUUCCAACUGCUCCUGUCCUGCUGACUCCUUUAACCCAGUGUGUGGAUCUGACAACACUGAGUACCUGUCUCCCUGCCACGCAGGCUGCAAAGACUACACCAAAGACCCCAAGAACAAAUUCAGGGUUCUGAAGUACACAGACUGUAUCUGCAUAGCUUACAGCCAGGGUAGUGGUGGGGGUACUGCCCGCCCCGGUCCUUGCCCCAACCAAUGUCCUCACUUCCUGCUUCCUGUCAUGUUCCUCAUCUCUCUGGCCGGGUUGAUCGCCUCCCUAACACACAACCCCAUCUAUAUGAUGGUCCUCAGAACUGUUCCCCAUGAAGAUAAAUCCUUUGCCAUAGGAGUCCAGUUUUUGCUCAUGAGAGUGCUUGCCUGGUUACCAGCCCCAGCUCUGUUCGGCAUUGUCAUCGACAGCUCCUGUAUUUGGUGGAAACAUGCCUGUGGCAACCGGCUGGGCUGUGGUUACUAUGACAAUAACAUCCUGAGGAACAGGUACCUGGGCCUGCAGGUGGGCUUCAAGGUGAUGGGGAUCUUCCUGCUUGGGGUGGUGGGCUGGAAGGUCCUGAGGACCAGGGAGUACAGCCUGGAGAAGAGGCCUGAUGGACCACUCUGAUCUGGGAUACGACUGACCUCCUGGCUCCCUACUCCGUCCUCUCUCCCUUCUCACUUUAAAAGAGUAGUCUCAGGUCCACUACUGUUCCUUUCAACAGUCUGCUGAGGUGUUCUGUCUGAAUGUGCUCUCCUUUUUUAAUUUGACCUUUAUUUUACUAGGCAAGUCAGUUAAAAACAAAUUCUUAUUUUCAAUGACGGCCUGGGAACAGUGGGUUAACUGCCUGUUCAGGGGCAGAAUGACAGAUUUGUACCUUGUCAGCUCGGGGAUUUGAACUUUACAACCUUUCGGUUACUAGUCCAACGCUCUAACCACUAGGCUAUCCUGCCGCCCCCUUUUACCCACCUGAUCCACCUAACCUGUCUCACAUGAGAGAAAUGACUCACCUAUCAACUGCCAGUGGGCAAAGUCCACUAUGCCUUUCAACGGUCUGUUCUCAAACCCAGCUGAUCCUCCUGUUAGUAACCUCAGCACUGUUCUCAAACCCAGCUGAUCCUCCUGUUAGUAACCUCAGCACUGUUCUCAAACCCAGCUGAUCCUCCUGUUAGUAACCUCAGCGCUGUUCUCAAACCCAGCUGAUCCUCCUGUUAGUAACCUCAGCACUGUUCUCAAACCCAGCUGAUCCUCCUGUUAGUAACCUCAGCGCUGUUCUCAAACCCAGCUGAUCCUCCUGUUAGUAACCUCAGCGCUGUUCUCAAACCCAGCUGAUCCUCCUGUUAGUAACCUCAGCGCUGUUCUCAAACCCAGCUGAUCAUCCUGUUAGUAACCUCAGCACUGUUCUCAAACCCAGCUGAUACUCCUGUUAGUAACCUCAGCGCUGUUCUCAAACCCAGCUGAUCAUCCUGUUAGUAACCUCAGCGCUGUUCUCAAACCCAGCUGAUCCUCCUGUUAGUAACCUCAGCACUGUUCUCAAACCCAGCUGAUACUCCUGUUAGUAACUUCAGCGCUGUUCUCAAACCCAGCUGAUCAUCCUGUUAGUAACCUCAGCGCUGUUCUCAAACCCAGCUGAUCCUCCUGUUAGUAACCUCAGCACUGUUCUCAAACCCAGCUGAUCCUCCUGUUAGUAACCUCAGCACUGUUCUCAAACCCAGCUGAUCCUCCUGUUAGUAACCUCAGCGCUGUUCUCAAACCCAGCUGAUCCUCCUGUUAGUAACCUCAGCACUGUUCUCAAACCCAGCUGAUCCUCCUGUUAGUAACCUCAGCACUGUUCUCAAACCCAGCUGAUCCUCCUGUUAGUAACCUCAGCACUGUUCUCAAACCCAGCUGAUCCUCCUGUUAGUAACCUCAGCGCUGUUCUCAAACCCAGCUGAUCCUCCUGUUAGUAACCUCAGCACUGAAGGACACUCCAGCUCUGGUAAGGAUACUAUAACCCUCAUACAGGACACUAAAGCUCCCCUUCGACCAUCCUACACAAUCCCCACACGGGGAAGGGGGUCAGUAUCCCUACAUGGGGAAGGGGGUUAGUAUCCCUACAUGGGGAAGGGGGUCAGUAUCCCUACAUGGGGAAGGGGUCAGUUUCCCUACAUGGGGAAGGGGGUCAGUAUCCCUACAUGGGGAAGGGGGUCAGUAUCCCUACAUGGAGAAGGGGGUCAGUAUCCCUACAUGGGGAAGGGGGUCAGUAUCCCUACAUGGGGAAGGGGGUCAGUAUCCCUACAUGGGGAAGGGGGUCAGUAUCGCUACACUGGGAAGGGGGUCAGUAUCCCUACAUGGAGAAGGGGGUCAGUAUCCCUACAUGGGGAAGGGGGUCAGUAUCGCUACACUGGGAAGGGGGUCAGUAUCCCUACAUGGAGAAGGGGGUCAGUAUCCCUACAUGGGGAAGGGGGUCAGUAUCCCUACAUGGAGAAGGGGGUCAGUAUCCCUACAUGGAGAAGGGGGUCAGUAUCCCUACAUGGAGAAGGGGGUCAGUAUCCCUACAUGGAGAAGGGGGUCAGUAUCCCUACACGGGGAAGGGGGUCAGUAUCCCUACACGGGGAAGGGGGGUCAGAAGCAGUGAAAGGUGUUGAUGUUAGAUCAUUUUGAAGGACGAAACGUGCACAUUGAAAACUGUACACUUGCUGUUAUCCCAGGGAUGUUGUCCAUUCAGGGUUCUAGUUGCAGUAGACAACAACGUUAAAGCUAGCUUAAUAUUUAAGUUUUGUCUUUAACACAGAGGCAUUUUGGUGAGUGACAUUAUAGAGACUGAGUUUUUGUUUGAGAUGUCUAAAAACAUAUUUUUUUUACACAGAAUAGUAAUUUUAUAUGAUCAAUAUCUCAUCAGCUGUAAUCACAAUAAUAUGCUAUGCAUCAAAUAUCAAUUGCACUGUUUAAAUAAUUGUUAUCUUGUUGAAAUAAAAUGCCAAUACAAUAUGGUUAGUUUUGGAUCAUCAGUUUGCGUGCUUUAUAUGCAGCAAUAAAUACUUGUAACUUCUGUAAAUAAUACAAAUCUUUGUUUUA